GUGAUCUACGAGUUGAGAUUCCCAGUUCAACCUACUGCAGUUCAACAGAAAACUACAGGCAGAACAGUGACAGAGCUUCACACAGUCUGGAUAAAUGAACAGAGAUUGUGUUACUGUUUGAGAAGCACUAACAUCUCUUGCAGGACGAUGAAGAGACAGACGUCAGGAGACCGAGAAGAUCAUCAGCUGAAGACAGACGAAAGAGACGGAGGAGGAAACAGAAUAUCAACAUGUCAACCAACCAUACCACAGUGAUUGUUGCCCACAAUCCUCCUCGCAGGAGAAGACCGAGCAAAGACCUACCUCCUGACAUGAGGAUAGUUCUUCUGGGUUCGAGCGUGUCAGAAAACAGUCUGGUGGGAAACUUCAUCUUAGGAAGAGCAGCGUUUGACAGUGAAGCUCCUCCAGAUGUUGUAGAGAGAGUCGGAGGAAGACUGAAGGACAGACACCUGAUCAUCAUCAACAGUCCUCAGCUGCUCCAGACGAACAUCUCAGAUCAUCAGCUCAUACAGACUGUGAGAGAAGAGUGUGUGUUUCUGUCUGAUCCAGGACCUCAUGUGAUCGUGCUGCUCCUCAAACAUGAGCCGUGUUCAGCAGAAGAUCAAGAGCGUGUGGAGAAGGUGCUGCACUCUUUCUCUGAGCGCGUUUAUCGACACACCAUGGUGCUCACAACACAAGAAACCACAGAAACCAGUGACAUCCUACAGACAAUCAUUCAGAAAUGUGCAAACAGACACUUUAGUCUUCAGAGAAGCAGCUCUCCUGAUGAUCUUCUGCAGAUGUUUGAGGACAUCGUGAAAAUGAAUGACGGACGGCACCUGGAGUGUGCUGAAGGUUCACAGUAUUUCACAAUGGAGCAAGGAGUCACAGGAAGACUUUCAGAGACUGUGAAGCUGAAUCUGGUCGUGUGCGGGAGCGACGGGACGUUAAAAUCCUCCGUAUCAGAGCAGAUCCUGCAGCAGACAGACGUGGAGCUUCAUGGUUGUGUGAUCAGUGUAAUAGAGCUUCCAGGUCUGACUCGGCUCUCAGAGGAGGACGUGAUGCGUCAGACUCUCCGCUGUGUGUCUCUCUGUCAUCCUGGAGUUCAUGCUUUCCUCCUCAUUAUUCCUGACGCUCCACUGACUGAUGAAGACAAAGCUGAAACGGAGGAGCUCCAGAGGAUCUUCAGCUCCAGAAUCAACAAACACAUCAUGAUCCUCAUAAAGCAGGAUUCAGAGCAUCAGACAGCAGAACUCAAUGAAGAAACACAGUCUGUCAUUGAGAGGUUCGGAGGACGACAUCAUUUCUUUGGUCCCAAAAUACAAGUGUCCACAUUGAUGGAGAACAUCGAGCAGAUGCUGGAAGAAAACAGAGGAGAGGUUUUCUCUACAGAGACAUUUCUGGAGGCGCAGAUGAAAAAACUGAUGAAAUAUGAAGAGAUGAAGAAGAAAAUUCAUUCAUAUGAGAAACAUUUACUGUCACAAUGUAAUGAGCAGAAAAUCAGUCUUGAACUACAGAGCAUGAAAAAAAGACGAUGA